AUGUAUAAAUAUCAUAUCAUUGAAGUUAGAAGGGAACUGAAAGGGAAACCUGGCGCAGUUGGUGGACAUGCUGAUCUUGUAGGGGAUGAAAACUCUGCAGAGAGAAGGCAUAGCCUGAGCGAACUGAGGAUUGACUCCCGGGAACCUACCCGCAGCUACUUUGAGGCAGUUACAGACCGCACGGCGGUCCGGGGUGGUUCGAGCAGAGUUGACGGUGGUCCUCAUUCCGUCGCAGCACGCCUGCGGAGGACGGCCGCCAUUCUUGAGGUAACUGAGGCAUGGUGCCAGGUUGCCUUGCACUUGGCCACACGUAAUGGCCUCAGCCAUGGGUGGAGCCACCACCAGCACCACCAUGGCCAUGCACGCUGCAACCAUGAAGAGCCUCCCCAUCAUUUUCAAAAGAAACCACCAAAGCUGCAACCCAAUAUUGCUUUCUUUUGGUUUGUUGGUAAAUUGGCGCAGUGCGUGAGUGUGUGUGAGCAAAACAGCACCGAUCAGGAUAAUGUGGCGUCAACUACCUGCUGCUGCUUCUUCUUGUUGGUACUAUGCGUUAUUAAUGUUUCAGCUUAUGAAUUGUCGUCUGGUUAUUAUGCAUCCACAUGUCCUGCUGCUCUCCUCACCAUCAAAGCAGCGGUUUUGGGCGCUGUGCUGAAAGAGCCUCGCAUGGGAGCUUCCUUGCUUCGUCUCCAUUUCCACGACUGCUUCGUCCAAGGGUGCGAUGCGUCCAUUUUGCUGGACGACACGGCGAAUUUCACAGGUGAAAAAACCGCUUUUCCCAACGUGAAUUCCCUGAGGGGUUACGAGGUUAUAGACAACAUCAAAUCUGUUUUGGAGUUGAUGUGUCCUGGCGUUGUCUCCUGUGCUGACAUUGUCGCUGUUGCUGCCAGAGACUCUGUGGUUACACUGGGAGGACCAUCGUGGGACGUGAAACUGGGGAGAAAAGACUCGACCACAGCAAGUUUAAGUGAUGCUAAUAGGGAUUUGCCGGCUCCCUUUCUGGAUCUCAAUGGCCUCAUCGCUGCUUUCUCCAAAAAGGGAUUCACGGCCCAAGAAAUGGUUGCUUUGUCAGGAUCGCACACAAUAGGGGAAGCGAAGUGCGCAACUUUCAGGACGAGGGCUCACAACGACACCAACAUAGAGCCGUCGUUUGCAACAUCACUAAGAGACAGAUGUCCAAGCACAGGUGACGAUAGCAAUUUGUCACAUUUAGAUGUCACCACUCCCAACUUUUUCGACAACUCUUACUUCAGGAAUCUGGUGAACAAGAAGGGUCUCUUGCACUCAGACCAAGCACUCUUCGAUGGAGGCUCCUCAGAUUCCUUAGUCACAACUUACGUCUCCGAGCCUUGGCGUUUCAGAGCAGACUUUGCUGAUGCCAUGAUUAAGAUGAGUGAACUUAGCCCUCUAACUGGUUCCGAUGGCCAGAUCAGGAGAAAUUGCCGCAAACUCAAUUGA